AUGCGGAGCGUCAUCACCACCCUGACGCUGGUUGCCUCUGUCGGCCUGGCAGUUGCAGAGAAUGGUUUCGAUGGCUGGCUGCGUUAUGCUCCUGUUAGCUGCCAUGGAGCAUGCCAGAAGUCGCUUCCUUCUCAUAUCGUGACCCUCGACCCCACCGAGUCAAGUCCAAUUUCCGUCGCCGGUCAGGAGAUCCAGGAUGGCUUGCAAAGAAUGUUCAAAAUGCACGCCACGGUCGAGCCUAAAGGCUGCUCAACUCGAUCCUCCGUCAUCAUCGGUACUCUCGAUGCGUAUAACCAUGCAUGCAAGGAUGCCGAUCCGGUCCCCGAGCUUGAAGAGGAUGGCUUCUGGCUCAACACCAAGGACGGAAAGGUCCAGAUCAUCGGUCAGAGCGAGCGAGGAGCUCUCUACGGUGCGUAUGAAUACCUGUCGAUGCUCUCACAGGGCAACUUCGCUCCGGUAUCCUACACCACCAGCCCCCAUGCCCCCAUUCGCUGGGUAAAUCAGUGGGACAACAUGGAUGGCAGCAUGGAACACGGCUACGGUGGCCUGUCUAUCUUCUUCAAGGACGGUGUCAUUCCUCAAGAUCUCUCCCGAGUCAAGCAGUAUGCUCGUCUGCUGGCCUCGAUCCGCAUCAACGGUAUCAUCGUCAACAAUGUCAACGCGAAUGCAUCGCUCCUCAAGCCCGAGAACAUGGACGGACUGGCGCGCAUUGCGGACAUUUUCCGUCCCUACGGCGUCAAGGUUGGCAUCUCCCUCAACUUCGCCUCCCCGUCGACCCUCGGCGGUCUCAACACCUACGAUCCCCUCGACGAGUCCGUCAUCUCCUGGUGGGGCGGCAUCACCGAUGAGCUCUACAAGCGUGUCCCGGAUAUGGCUGGAUAUCUGGUCAAGGCCAACUCCGAGGGUCAGCCCGGCCCCACCACCUACAACCGUACCCUCGCAGAAGGGGCCAAUCUGUUUGCCCGCGCUCUAAAGCCUCACGGCGGCAUAGUCAUGUUCCGCGCCUUCGUGUACGACCACCACAUCAGCGAGGAGAACUGGUACAACGACCGCGCCAACGCUGCCGUGGACUUCUUCAAGCCGCUCGAUGGCAAGUUCGAAGAGAACGUGGUCGUGCAAAUUAAGUACGGUCCCAUCGAUUUUCAGGUCCGCGAGCCUGUCUCGCCCCUUUUCGCCAACCUGUACAAGACCAACACCGCGAUCGAGCUGCAGGUAACACAGGAGUACCUCGGACAGCAGUCACAUCUGGUCUACUUGCCGCCUCUCUGGCAAACGAUUCUCGGGUUCGACCUCCGUGUUGACGGAAAGCCCUCGCCAACCCGCGACAUCAUCUCGGGGCAGCGUUUCAACCGACCCCUCGGCGGCUGGGCCGCGGUCGUCAACGUCGGCACCAACACCACCUGGCUCGGAAGCCACCUCGCCCUGUCCAAUCUGUAUGCCUACGGUCGCCUCGCUUGGGAGCCCACCCUUGACUCGCAGGAUAUCCUUCAGGACUGGAUCCGCAUGACCUUCGGCCUCGACCGCCGUGUGCUUGACACGAUCACAAAGAUGUCCAUGGAGUCGUGGCCUGCAUACGAAAAUUACUCGGGCAACCUGGGUAUCCAGACCCUGACCGACAUUCUGUACACCCACUACGGACCCAACCCGGCCUCCCAGGACGGCAAUGGCUGGGGCCAAUGGACCCGUGCAGACCACGAGGCGAUCGGAAUGGACCGCACCAUCAAGAACGGGACCAAGUUCACGGGCCAGUAUCCCGCCGAAGUUGCUCAGGUGUACGAGAACAUUGAGACGACUCCCGAUGACCUGCUGCUCUGGUUCCACCAUGUCCCCUACACCCAGCGUCUGCAGUCCGGCAAGACGGUCAUCCAGCACUUCUACGACGCGCACUACGCCGGCGCUGACACCGCGCAGACCUUCGUCUCGCAGUGGGAGUCUCUCCGGGGCAAGAUUGACCCCGAGCGCUAUGAGCAUGUCCUCACCCGCCUCAUCUACCAGGCGGGCCACUCCAUCGUCUGGCGCGACGCCAUCAACGAGUUCUACCACAACCUCUCUGGCAUUGCGGACGAGAAGCAGCGGGUCGGUCACCACCCCUGGCGCAUCGAAGCAGAGGACAUGAAGCUCGAUGGCUACGUGCCCUACGACGUCAACCCGUUCGAGACGGCGUCCAACACCAAGGCCAUCGUCACGGCGACCAACUCCACCACGGGCACGGCCAGCACCCAGCUGGACUUCAAGACCGGCAAAUACGAUCUGGGCAUCAACUACUACGAUUUCUACGGUGGCAAGUCACAGUGGACCGCCUACCUCAACGACCGCCUCGUGGGACAGUGGCAGGGCAACAACGAGGAUGUGCUCAGCCAUGAACUCUCGGUGUAUCUGGAUGGCCACUCGGCUACCCGCAUCACCUUCCGCGAUGUGAAGAUCCACAAGGGCGACCGGCUGAAGAUUGUGGGCAAGCCCGAUGGAAUGGAACCAGCGCCCUUGGAUUAUGUGGUGUUGCUGCCACAGGGGAUUGUGGAUUGA